AUUAUGUUUCUUUCGUUUUCAUUUCCCGGAAGGGACGAAGUGGAGUUUUAUUUCUUCGAAAUGUAUAUUCUUCCUUCAUUUGCUAUGGAGUUUGGAGAGGUUUGACAUGCAGUGCAGGCUGGUUCAUAUAUUGGACGGGUUAUAUGUGUGCUUACAAGGAAAUCAUCCAUUCUGUUCUUACAGUAUACAGUCGAACAUAUAAAGGAUUAUUUCCAUGGAGAACAUUUCCUCGUCACCUUUGGUCAAGCAAGAAAACAGUCCUCCAUCCAUAAUGCAUGGAGCCACCACUCCUCCUAGUGUGCAUCAACUCUCCAUUAACCAGCUUCCCAUGGUCAGUCCUCCCACACAGGAAGACCUGUGGCAUCUACCUGGACAGCUGCGAAUAAACCCAUCUCUGUGGGACAAGGAGGACGUCGGCCACUGGCUCCACUGGGCUCAGAGGGAGUACUCGCUGCGCCGGCCGGAAAAGGGUCGCUUUGAGAUGAACGGUCGAGCCCUGUGCCUGCUCACCAAGGAGGACUUCAGACGCCGCUGCCCCAGCUCAGGUGAUGUUCUGUAUGAGAUCCUACAGUGUGUGAAACAGCAAAGGGGUGUUGUCUGUGACCCCCCAAAUUCGUCUCCCUCCCUGGCAACUGGACCCAUCCAGAACCAAGUCAUCUGCCAGAUACCUGCUCAGAGCGCCCAAGAGCCUCCGCCUCCCGCAGUCAAUGACGCCCAAGUUUCCCUCACCACUGCAGCGUCGGCAGCUACUGUAACCGCUGUGACCAGCCAGACGGAGCGCGUGUCACCCCCCAGAGAUCGUCCCCUGAUCUUUUACUCUGAACCUGCUCCACUCACACAUACUAAUGGAUCAACAGCUGUCUUUACGUUGCUCCCCAACCAAGUUCAGUAUCCUCCCCAAACAGAGAGAGUCAUCCCGGAGCCGCUCAACCUGUCCAGUCGAGGGAAGCCAAGGAGCCCCCUGCACAAAGCCAACGGCCGCAUCCCAGAUUGCAGACUGCUGUGGGACUACGUGUAUCAGCUGCUGUGUGACGAUCGUUACCAAGAAUACAUCCGAUGGGAGGACAAGGACACCCUGGUGUUCAGGGUGGUCGACCCCAACGGACUGGCGCGUCUCUGGGGAAACCACAAGAACCGUGACAAUAUGACCUAUGAGAAAAUGUCCCGGGCUUUGCGGCACUACUACAAGCUCAACAUCAUCAAAAAGGAGCGAGGACAAAAACUCCUCUUCAGGUUUCUGAAACUCCCACAGGGAGGCAAGAAGCCGCAGAUUGACCCUGCCGAGUCCCCGGAACACAUUCCGCCUCAGGGCUGGGACGUCCCAGACAGCAGUCCUACACAUGAGUUCAGUGAAGACCUUUUUGAGAUUUCCCCUGAUCGUGUCUCUCCACAGCAUCCUCCAUAGGCAACAAAACAUUGUAUUGUACUACAGGUCCUAAAUACGUGUACAGUACAACAGCACAAAUAUUACAGAAUAGAAUGGAGAUGUGUGUUCAGAAAAUAACCCAUGUAUGUGCAUAAUUGAACAAUAUGCACUUUUAAGUGUAUUUUUUAGGAGUUUUGAUAUUGCUUUUCAUUUAGCUGUGAAUCAAUAUGUACCACUGUGAUCACAAGGAACACUAAGGGACGAGGAAAACUGUUAAAGAAAUCACAUCAAUAUUCAAACAGCCAAAUGAUCUUCAUAACUUAGAUUUCUCAGGCUUGCUCAACAUAACCGCAAUGCAAAAGAUGCACUUAUUUUCAUACGCUAUAUAGGUCUUGCAGCUAAGUGGUGGAAAUGACUAUGAAGGCAGUGUGUUAAUAUAAAAAUGGAUUGUGUUGCAGGUUAAAUGCCAGUUUGUACAGUUUAUUUUACAAAUUGUUUGCUUUGUCAACCUCGAGAUGAGGUAUUUGUUAAGUUUCAAAUGUGGAAUAGCCUAUAGGUUAAUUGUCAAUGUCUGUCCUGCUUAAAAUACAUGCAUUUUGUGUUGCA